GUCGUCGGCGCUGCGUUGCCGUUUGCCGUUGACGGUGUCGUUUGCCCGUUUUCGAUGUCGUUGUUCAAUGGCUAAAAACUCGGGUGUUUGGUGCGCCCAGAGCAUGUGAAAAAUUGACGACGUUUGCGCCAGAUAACAUAUACGUUGCGAAUUUAUUUAUAACAAAUUCACGAAAAUUAACCGAGAGCGCAGUGUGUGUGUAAAUAUAUGAGAUAAAAAAGAAUAAAUCAAGAGAAAAAAGAAAAAUCUCUACAUAUAUAUCCAAUCAAUUGAUUUACAGUGCAAAGAAAAAGUGCAGCCAAAAUAAAUAUAUAUAAUAUAUAAAUGAAAAAUAGAAUGCAAUCGCAUUAAGGCAACUGUUGCAGUUGCCCAGUUGCAGCAACAACAGCAACUUACACAAAGUUAAGUUAGUUAAACUUGAAGAGAAAAGUUACCAAAUUACACAAAUUUCAGAAAUUACAGAAAAAAUAGUGUUAGCUUUAAAGCGAAAUUUUUUUGUGGGGCACUUCCGAGAGAAUGUCGCAGUGCAAUAAUGUUGCAACUGUCGGCAGCAGCAACAAAAGUAAUAAUAACAAAUACAACAACUGCAGCAACACAUUAACAACAACAACAACCACUAGCAAAUCAAUCAAUUCUGCGGCCAACAACAAGUGUUUAAGCCAAAAGAGUUCGGCAUGAAAUGGAAGCAGCUAUACGCUCCACUUCAGUGCAGGUCGGUGCUCCGCCGCCCACAAACAACAACAACAACAGCAGCAGUAACAGCAGCAGCAGCAACAACAACACUAGCAACACUAAUAACAACAACAAUAGCAGCAGCAGCAGCAGCAGCCACAACAGCAGCAACAACAACACACCAAACGGUGCGCAGCAGCAACAACACCAUCAGCAGCAGCAGCAGCAGCAUCAUCAUCAGCAGCAACGUGUUGUUGCCAGCAGCAACCAGCAACAACAGCAGCAGCUGCAGCAGCAGCAGCAGCAGCAACAACAUCAGCAGCAGCAGCAGCAGCAGCAUGAUAAUGUACCAACGUCCCAUCAUUUGCAUCAAUCAUCUAUCAGCAUUUCUAAUCAGCAAAAUAAAGCGACGCAACAGCAACAGCAGCAGCAGCAACACCAAAAGCAGCAACAACAACAGCAACAGGCUUCCAACAUGUCCGCGUAUCAGCAACGCCUGCCAUCAAAUGCAGCAUCCAUUCACAGCCCCCACUGGUCGUACAGGGCCCUUGAGCUGCCGCAGUAUGCCAAGCAGGUGGCGCACCUUCAGCAGCAGCAGCAACAGCAGCAGCAUCAGUCGCACCAGCAGCAUCAGCAGCAGCAGCAACAGGACCAACGCACCAACCUGCAUCCGCAAAUCCAUCACCACCACCAACAGCAGCAGCAGCAGCAGCAGCAGCAGCAGCAACAGAAGCAGCAGCAACAGCAUAUGCAACAGCAGCAGCAGCAGCAGCAACCUUUGUCACCACCUCGUCCUGGAAACUCUGGUAGCGGCAACAGCGGCGGCAGCGGCAGCAACAACAGCAGCAGUGCAGCAGCGGCAGCAGCAGCAGCAGCUGCAGCGGCGGCGUCCGUUAAUCCCGGUUACUCGCCAUCAUCCGCAGCAGCUGCAGCAGCAGCAGCGGCGGCGGCCGUCAACUCCGGCUACCCGCCACCACCCCCGCAGCAUCGUUUCAUUCAAAACACGGGCUACAGCAUUGCACCGGCGCCCAACUACCGCGAUAAUCCCUACUCGCGUCACACCCAAAUUCAGCAGCAGCAACAGCAGCAGCAACAGCAGCAACAGCAGCAGCAGGCUGCAGCGUCGAUGCCGGAGUAUCAGAGGGCAGCAGCUCGAGCGGCUGUGGCGGCUGUUUCGGCGGGCAAGGGCAACGUUGGUGGCCAAAGUUCCAACACCAGCGGCAGCAGCAGCAGCAGCAGCAGCGGCAGCAGUGGAGGUGGAGGAGCAAGUGCCGGCGGAUCAGCUCCACCCGGCGGCGGUGUCGUCCAGGUAUCGCAGUCCGGCGGUGUGCUGGUCAUGGAGGCCAUGCCCCACUAUGCCAGUCAACCAAAUAGUAAUCCCUCCCAGCAACAACAGCAACAGCAGCAGCAGCAGCAGCAGCAGCAAGGCGGCAAUCCCAGUGGCGCAGGUGGAACAUCUGCUGCUGGCGGGGGAGGAGGAGGAGGAGGAGGCGGCGGUGGCAGCGUAAUGGUCGGGAGUCUGGGGCGCAUCCUGAUGCCCCAUCCGCAGGCGCUGCAAUACACCAGCGAGUACCUGACCAAUGCCACAGCGGCCGUUGCUGCGGCGAUGGUCAACCAGCGACAGCAUUUGCAGCUCCAGCAACAGCAGCAGCAACAUCCGCAACAGCAGCAACAUCCGCCCGAGCCAUUUGGCGGCCAGCAGCCGUACAAGAAGCAGCGGCUUAGCGACGCCGAUGCCAUCAGCCGGCAGAGCCACAAUGAUGUGUGCCGACAAAGGGGCACCAUGCCCAUGGCCAUGCAGCUCAAGGUGGAGACGCUGUCACAGCAGCAGCAGCAACAGCAGCAGCAGCAGCAGCGACAACAGCACCUGCAGCAGAUGUAUGGCACACAAACGCAGGGCCGCAAUCAGCCAGCGGUGAGCAGCAUGUCCUCCGUGGUUAGCCAACCGGUGGGCACUAUCGUCACCAGCAGCGUCUCCACGGCGGGCACAACCAGCAGCAGUAGCAGCAGCAGUGGUAGUGGCCAUGUUGCCACCGGACCGGGAUCGGGAUCGGGAACGGGAACGGGAACGGGCAACACGGCAGCCGCCAGCACGGAGGCGUACCAUCCCCAGGUGGAGGCCAUUUCGCCGACGCUGCCCAGCGAUAGUUCGAUGGAGGAGCGGGGUAGGACCAGCGCCAAGGAGGAGCUACUCAUGCAGAUACAGAAGGUGGACAAUGAGAUCAAGUCCGCGGAGACGACAAUGGAGACGCUGCGCAAGAAGGAGAAAUCGCUCAUGGAGGUGGCCGCAUUGGCCAAGGAGCAGAGAUCAGCCAAGGAGUUGAGCGAGAACAACAACGAUGGUCUGGAUGAACAGGAUGAGCAGCAGGUGGUGGAGCUAACGUGGCGCAGUCAAAUGCUGGCGGAGAAGAUCUAUGCGGCCAAUCGGAAGACGGCCCAAGCGCAACAUUCCAUGCUGCACAAUGCAGCGGCCGAUGAAUCCUCGCCAGCUUCCAUGGCCGGUCGUCCCUGGUUGCCGCUGUACAAUCAGCCACUGGAUGUGGAGGCCCUCACCAUGCUGAUACGCCAGCAUCAGAGCCAAAUACGUGCGCCACUGCUGCUGCACAUCCGGAAACUGAAAGCGGAGCGAUGGCUGCACAAUCAGGGUCUGGUGGAGAAGUACACCAAGGAGCAGGCGGAUUGGCAGCGGCGAUGCGAGCGCAUGGAGGCCAGUGCGAAGCGGAAAGCACGCGAGGCCAAGAAUCGCGAGUUCUUCGAGAAGGUGUUCACGGAGUUGCGCAAACAGCGCGAGGAUAAGGAGCGCUUCAAUCGCGUCGGUUCGCGCAUUAAAUCCGAAGCGGAUCUCGAGGAGAUCAUGGAUGGGCUGCAGGAGCAGGCGCUCGAGGAUAAGAAGAUGCGCUCGUAUGCGGUCAUACCGCCACUAAUGCACGAUGCCCGCCAGCGGCGAUGUGCCUAUCACAACGAAAAUGGACUUAUCGACGACAUGGUCGCUGUGCAUCAGCAGCGCAAGGCGCUCAACAUGUGGACCGCCGGCGAGAAGGAGACGUUCAAGGAGAAGUAUUUGCAGCAUCCGAAGAACUUUGGCGCCAUUGCCGCCAGCUUGGAUCGCAAAUCGCCGCAGGAUUGCGUACGCUACUACUACCUCAGCAAGAAGACCGAGAACUACAAGCAGCUGCUACGCAAGUCCCGCCAGCGAACGCGCAGCUCCCGCAAUCCAGCCAAGGCGCAGGCCGCACAGCCGCAGUGCAUCAUCGAUUCGAUGACCACCGGCGUGAUGACGCGCCUGCAGCGCGAGCAGCAGCAAAAGUCCGGCGGUCGCUCAUCCGCCGUUGCCGAGCGUGAGCGUGCCGAGCGUGCCGCCGAGCGGGAACGGGUGGCGGAGAAGGCGGCUGCGGAUGCUGCCAAGGCGGCCGAAAGUGCCGCCGAGAAGGCAAGCGCCGCUAGCAAGGCUGUCGAGGCAACGGCGGCCAGUGAAAAGGUGGCCAAAGCGGCGGCGGCAGCAGCAGCAACCACAACAGCAACAUCAACAGCAUCAUCAGCAGCAGCAGCAGCAGCAGCAGCAGCAGCAGCAGCAGCAGUAACAUCAUCAUCAACGGCGAGCUCGACAGGAGCAGCAGGAGCAGCGGAUAAAACGAAUGAUGCCGGCAAGACGGCGAGCGCCAGCAGCGAUAAGAAUGCGGCAACAGCUGGAGGACCAACAGCCGCAGCAGCCGGAGGAGGAGGAGGAGGAGGAGUAGCAACCUCAGCAGCGGCAGCAGCAGCAGCAGCAGCAGCAGCAGCAGCAGCAAGCACACCUGCAACAGCAACAGCUACGGCAACAGCACCACCAGAGAUCUCAGCGGGCGGCGAGGCGAAGAGCAAAACCGCCGAGGAGGAGGCAGCGGCCACAGCCGGAGCAGCAACCGUUGCCACUGCCGGCACACCGGCAACCGGAGCAAGUGCCGCCAGCGCUGGUGACAAUGCGACAACGGCAACGGGCGCCACCGCAACGGCAGCGGCCAAGGGUGUGGGCAAACCGGAAACAGCGACCGAGCCAGCGGGCACGGCGGCAAAGGGAGCGGACUCGCGGAUCGCCGAAGCCAACGAUUCGCUGGCCAAAAGUGCGGCGACAAAGGCCGUCGUCAAUGCCGAUGGCUAUAAUGCCAGCAGCAAUGCGACAGCGGCGCAGGGCGUAACCUUGAAUGGCUUCAAGCCAGGCUAUCAAACUGUGGUCAUUGCCAAUGUGAAGGCGUCCGCCGGCGGCGAUGAUGCUGCAGCUGCAGCAGCAGCGGCGAAUGCGGCGGCGAUUGGCGAUAAGAUCGUGAAGGCAAUGCCCUCAGCCAGGACGACCAAUUCAACAGCUGCAACGGCGGCGACGGCGAGUGAGAGUGGUGCUGGUGCUGGUGCUGGUGCUGGUGCUGGUGUGAACACCUAUGGACACACGGCCACCACGGCGGGCAACUAUCUGGGCCAGAAGCUGAAGGCUGCCCAAGUCGAGGGACUGGGCGCCGGCAAUGAAUUGCACUCAGAUGUUAGUGAAUCCAAGAGGAAGCGCUUCGAACUGAAUGCCGGUGAGGCAACUGGAAAUGCAACGGCAGCGAUGACCAAUAGCAGCAGUGGCAUCAGUGGCAUCAGUGGCAUCAGCAAUAGUCACGGCCCAAUGUCAAAGGCCAAUGCCAAGGAUCAAGGAUCGAUGGCCAAGACAUCGCUGACAUCCACGUCGUCCGCUUCAGUUGUGGUCACAUCCACGCCAACCGCAGCAUCCUCAUCCUCAUCCUUAUCGUCGUCGUCGUCGUCGUCGUCGUCAUCCGCCUCCUCAAUGCUGCUGAUCAGCGCCGCAUCCAUUAUGUCGACGGCAUCGGGCGCCAAGUCCUCGUCCGCAUCCUCGUCCGCAUCCUCGUCCUCAUCCACGGCGACAACAACGGCCACCGCAUCGGCGAUCUCGUUGCCGCUCCUAUCGGAUGGCAAUGGCAAUUUGAUGGUCAAUGCAAUCGAGAUUCGCGCCCUCGAUGGCGACGACAAACUGGCCAGCUGCUUUGUGUGCAAGGCGGAGGCGUGUCCACGCACCCGCCCACUCAAAAAGGGGCGUGGCCAGCAGUACGGCAUUCCGGACGAGACGAUUCCGGCGGGCGCACGUGUCUGCAACAGCUGCCAAUGCAAAUCGGUGCGCAGCCGCUAUCCCAACUGUCCGCUGCCCACGUGCCCCAAUCCCAAGGAUCGGGCACAGCGCCUGCGGAACAUUCCCUCCCGUCUCUUCGAACUGGCGCCCGAGCUGCGCGAUCCGGUGAUGGCCGAGUUCCAAAUACCGCCCCACGCCACCCGCUGCUGCUCCGCCUGCCUCAUGCGCAUCCGCCGCAAGCUGGAUCCGCAGCUGAAUCUCAACGAUGGCUCCAGUGGCGGCGCCGGCAGCGGCAGUGGCGGCGACGAGACGGAUGUCAGCACCUCGUCGUGCGAUGAACGCGAGCCGGGCGGUUCCGACACCGCCUCCGUCGACAGUCCCGAGAAUCUGCAGCGCCACAAGUCCCUCACGUUGGUCAAACAGCAACAUCAGCAGCAACAUCAGCAGCAGCAGCAACAGCAGCAGCAGCAGCAGCAGCAGCAGCAGCAGCAGCAGCAGCAUCAACAGCAGCUAUCGCAGCCACAACCACCGCCAGCACCGCAGCAGAAGGGCGGCUCAUCAUCGAGUGGUGGGCGUGGUGGAGAUCAGGGUGCGCCACUGAUUAUCACACCCACACGAAUGGGCAGCAAGGCGGGAUCGGGAUCGGGAUCAGCGGGCGACAAUGACCGCCUGCUGCCACCCGCCGCUGGCCAGGCGCCCAAGAAGCAGAAGACCAGCGAGGAGUACGAUUCCUCGGCCACCGAAACGGCGGAUGAGGAGAACGAGAACUCGCCGGCCAAUCGCCAGAGUCCCAAGGUUCUCUUCCACGGCCAUGGACACGGACAUGGCGGCGGUCAUGCCAAUAAUGUGGCCGGCCUACAGCCGCCGGUGGGCAAUAUGGUGGCUGGUGGUGCUGGUGCUGGUGGUGCUGGUGGUGUCCAAGCGGGUGGAGCACCGGGCCAACAGGUGAAUGGACCAAUGGCCAUGCGGCGCGAGGCUGUCAACAAUGUGCAGGAUUGCGUAUUCUCGGUGAUUGAGCGCUCGCUGAAGCACAAGGGGCCGCAACCCAAGGGCGGCCAGGGUCAGCAGCAGGGUCAGGGUCAAGGUCAGGGACAAGGACAAGGACAGGGACAGGGACAGGGACAAAGCCAGUCGCCAUCCCAGCAGCAGCAGCAACAGCAGCAGCAGCAGCAAUCUGCCAACAAUCUGGAACGCAAGGAGCUGACCAUUGUGAGGGAAUACCGCCAGGAUCCGGGCAUUCUGAAGCAGCAGCAGCAGCAGCAGCAGCAGCAGGUUGGCGGAGUACCGCCCACCUCGGGCGCCGGCAGUCUGCCGCAUGGCACCUCCGUGCAGAAGCUACCAUCCCGACCGGCUGCAGUGGCACCGCCGCCACCGGCUCAUCCACUGACGCCCACCAGCACAGGAAGUGGCAGCAACAAUGGAACCAGCGAUAGUCUGGCCACCUUGUCGGUGGUGAACACGCACAUGGGCGUCGUGGCGCAGCUGGGUCAUCCGGCGCUAAUGGCGCAUGCCAGUUCCGCUGGCGGUGUCGGUGUGGACAAGGCAACCAUAACGCCGGUGGUCAAGGGCGCCAGUGGAUCAUCGAAGAGCGGCGGUACGUCCAGUCACUCACACACGCCCACGCCGCCGGAGACCAUCAUCUACAAUGUGCCAGCGGCGCAUCCGCAACGCGGCAUUCCACCGCCGCCGUCACAGCACUCGGUGCAUCCAGCGCAUCCAGCGCAUCCAGCGCAUCCAGCGCACCCAGCGCAUCCUGCCCAUCCGUCGCAUACACAGCAUCCGGCCCAUCCGCAGCAUCCGUCGCAUGGCCAGCAUCCGCAGCUGCAAGUGCCGGAACCGGAGCCGCAAACCCUCGACUUGAGCAUCAAGAAGCCGCCGCGCGAUGGUCACUCACCGCACACGGGAGCCGGUGGCUCGGGCUCCUCCGCCGCAGAUCGACACCAUGGCCCCCCGCCGCCGACCAUGUCGAUGAAGCACAUUGUACGCUCGGGCGGCAUGUAUCGCGGCGACACCGUCACCGUUCCAUCGCUGGCCGCACCCAGUUCGUAUCUGUAUCCCACACCGCCGCACGGCGUGCUCAAGGCCACCGGCGGCGUUGGCGUGGUGCCCGGCGUGCUGCCCGGUGUGCCUGGCAGCGCACUGUAUCUGCAACCAGUCCCAGUGCCCGUGCCCAUUUCCAUUUCCGGGCAGGGCCAACUGCCGCCGAGAGCUGGACAACCGCCGCCGGCACAGCCGCCAUCCGGCGGCAGGGGUGUGGCCAAGGCGCCACCCAAGCUGAGUCCCCAGCAGGCUCACCACCUUCAUCCCAGUCACGGCCACUCGCCGUCGCAGCAACAGCAGCAGCAGCAACAGCAGCAGCAGCAACAGCAACAACAGGCGGCUGCAGCAGCAGCAGCAGCAGCAGCAGCACAACAACAGCAAUUGCUGGUGAAGAGCGGCUCGAUCACGCAUGGAACACCGGCGAACAGUGCCCAGCAGCAGCAGAUAAUCGUGCAUGCACCAGCGACUGGAGCGUCGGCACCCUCCUCCCUGCUGAGUCCCAAGUUCGAGGGUCUGGUCAGGCAAACGACACCGGAGGGCGUGGGUUCGGUUGGAGGACCUGGUGGCCCGGGUGGACCAGGUGGCAAGCAUGGUUCGAUAACGCAGGGCACACCGCUGCACAUGCCGCCGCAUCAUUUGGAAACGAAGCGGCCAUACGAGAGCUACUACAAGAGCUCCCAGCGUCACAGUCCCGCCCAGCAACCGGGUGGCAAUCAGCAACUGCCGCCACCGCCGCAGCAAUCCUCGCCGCAGGCGCCACCGCCCCAGGGCUAUGGUGUGGGCGUGAGCUCGCCCUACGCACGCUCGCCAUUCGGCGGGGUGGUGGAGCAGCCGCAGGUGCUGAGCACGCGCCAAAUCGUGAUGCACGACUACAUCACCUCGCAGCAGAUGCAGGGACAGCAGCAGCAGCAGCAACAGCAACAGCAGCAGCAGCAACAGCAGCAGCAGCAGCAGCAACAGCGCAACAUGUCGCGCGGCAGCAGUGCCAGCGGCGGUGGAGGCGGCGGUGGCUCCGACAAGGAGUCGCCCUCGCCGCGCAACAGUGUGGGCAGUGGCAGUGGCUUUGCGUACGGCGGCGACAAGGAAUCGGCGCCACGUGGCCGACCGGAGUACUCCAGUCGUGCAUCGCCCGCCGAUCAUGCCAAUAGCACACCGAGUCCGCAUCGCACGCCGCCGCCGCAGCGGCAAGGCGUCAUCCAGAGGCACAACACGGGCUCCAAGCCACCAUCACCGGCUGCUCCGCCGCCGAGCAGGAUGCACAUGCCGCCGUAUCAAUAUGCUCCAAGUGGUCACGAUGCAUUGGCCUCGUUUGUGGACGUGGCCGUGCAGCAGCCGCAAUUGCCGGUGCCGUCGCAAAAGGAUGACAAAUCGCCGGGUGCCGCAACGGCGCCGGGACAAGUGCCCGGUCAAGGUGCUGGUCCACCACUUGGACCCUCACCACUGCCGCCACACGCUGUGGUCGGCGUUGCGCAGCCACCGCCGCCGACCGCACACCACGAUCAGCGGUAUCGCGAUCUAACGCUGCACCAUCAUCACCAUACCCUGGUGCAGCAGCAGAUUGCGCAGCAGCAGCAUUACCGCAGCCUCAAUGUGGCCGCCCAGGUCGAUAUGCAGCGGCACAUGGAUCAGGCGAAGCGUGUGCUGCGCCAUCACCAGCAGCAGCACCAGGCGCAGCAGCAGCACAACCAUGCCCUCGAGCGUGACCGGGAGAUUCAGGAGCGGAUGCGCGAACGGGAUCGUGAGCGGGAAAGGGAGCGGGAGCGUGAGCGUGAGCGUGACCGCGAGCAGCGGGAACGGGAGCGGGAACGUGAACGGGAGCGGGAACGAGAGCGCGAGCGACGUGAACAGGAUCGGGAGCGGCGUGUGGUGGCCGAGGAACGGGAGCGCGAUAGUCGACGCAUGGAGCGCAUGUUUGCCGGCAAUGUGGUCGCCGCAUCAGGUGGCGCCGGCGGCGGUGGACCACCGCCUGGCCAGUUUCUGCGUGCUUCGGUGCCGGAGACUGGGCCACCGCGCUCCAUACCAGAUCGCGAACGGGAGUACUAUCGCCAGGCACAUGGCGGUCCACCUCCAGAGGAUGCGCCCGGGCAACUGAGCGCCCAGAGUCUGAUCGACGCCAUCAUCAAGCAUGAGAUCAAUCGCUCCAACGAUGCCACCGCAGUUCCGAAUCGCGAGUUUCCGCGCCCAUCCUUCGUGCACGCCCCAUUGCCACCGCGUGGUUCCGGUUCGGGUGGCGGCACCGGCACUCGAUCCUCGCCAGCCAAUGUGCUCCAUCCGAUGUACCUGCGCGAUCUGCGCCAGCCGCUCGAGGGCGGAGCGGGCUCACUGCUAACGGUGGAGAACAAUGGCAAGCCCAGCUCGUCGGGAUCGCCCAGUGUGAUUAACAUUGAUUUGGAUCAGGAGCGCAUUUCAGCGGCAGCCGCAGCAGUUGCCCAACAGCAGCAACAGCAGCAAGCGCCGCCACCAUCGCAAUCGUCGCAGUCCAGAUCCGUGCAUGGUCAACUGAGGACACCGACCUCGCAGGCUGGCGGAUCAGCGCCCAGUCCGCAGCAGAUCCACACAAAGAGCAUAACCUUUGGGGAGCUAACCGACUCGAUAAUAACCAAUGACUACGGCACCAAUCCUCAUCUGCGGCCCACGCCACCGUUUAUGACCUAUCUGCAGGAGACGCAGUCCAUCCUGCCGCCGGAUCGCUGGAAGCAGAACCGUCGUAUGCAACAGAAGGCCGAGGAGGCGAAGCACCAUUCCCAGCAGCAGCAGCAACAACAUCAGCAGCAGCAGCAGCAGCAUCACGCGCAGCAGCAGCAGCAGCAGCAGCAGCAGCAACAACACCAUGCCCCGCAACAUCAUCCGCAGAUGCCGGGCACUGGCUCCAGCUCGGCACCAGGUGGUGCAGCUGGCCAGGGCGGAGCAUCGGGCGUUCCGGGCAGCGGAGGAGGUGGUGGCGCCGGCAGAGCCAGCACGCCUGGCGAGGAUGGACGCAACAUUAUCCGAAUGCCCCAGGCGGUAAGUCCGCGUAAAUUCAACCACGAGUUGAUGCUGCACCAUGUGAUGGGCACGGCGGGAGCGGGCGGUGAAGCCGGCCAGUUCUUCCUGCCCAGCCGGGUCGUGCUGCCCGAGCAGAGGGGCACGCCCAGCGGCGGCGGUGGCGGAGCACCUGGCGCCGGUGGACCUGGUGGACCCGGCGGCGGUGCCACCACCAUUGACAACUAUGUGAAGACCCGCAUCGCUGAGGUGAUGCGCGACGACAUUGGCUAUGGCAAGAACCGCACUGUGGAGGUGCGCACCGAUGACGACGUAACCGCCGAUAUGGUUGCCCAUUCGCAUGCCGCCGUCCAUGCUGCACAUGUGGCGCACGCGGCCCAUGUCGCCCAUGCCGCUGCCCUGGAGCUGCAGCACAGGAGCAAGGAGCAGCAGCAGCAGCAGCCGCCGCCGCCGCCAGAGAUCAGUGUGUCACGCAAGACGCCCAACCAGUACGAGGUGGUAGACGCCAGUGGACGGCGCUCAGCUGGCAGUGGUUCCGUUUCGGUCUCCGUUUCGGGUGCCAAUAGCCACCACUCGCCGUAUCAUCCACCGGCGGCUGCCUACGCACCCAGCACCUACUUCCCCUACAGCGCACUGAAUGUGCCCAGCGCUGCCGGCGGACUGCCGCCGCACCAGCCGUUGCAGCUGGCCCACCAGGCGGUGGCGCCACCCGGUGCCUUUGCCAAGGCCAAGGCGGCGCAUGCCCUAAGUGAACUGGGCGCAGUCGGUGGCGGCGGGGUGUCCUUGGUGGUGGGCGGCGGCUCUGGCGGCAUUGCUGGCGGACCAGGUGGUGUCUCCGUCGGCGGCGGCGGUGGUGGUGGACCCGGCGGUGGUGGACCCGGUGGUGGUGGCGGACCAGGUGGCGGUGGCGGUGGCGGCGGCGGCGGCGGUGGUGGUGGUGGUGGCGUUCACAAUUCCAGUUCAUCGCAAGCAUCUGCUGCGGUGGCCGCUGCCGUUGCAGCGGCGGCCAGUGAAUCGAAGCCGCUGCUGUUGUCCAAGUACGAUGCCCUCAGCGACGAAGAUUAGUUGUGACUGCCGGCGUCGUCAUCGGCGUCGGCGUCGCACCUGCGGCCAGCAACAAUAGCAGUAGCAGCAGCACUGCCGCCCGGCAGCAGCACGAGCGUGGUAUACGGCUAUCCUGGCUACCGGCGACACUCCCAGCAUCAACAACAACAACAACAGCAACAGCAACAACAACAACAGCAACAGCAGCCACCGCAUCCGCAUCUUGUCCAGCAGCAGCAGCAGCUCUACCAGGCCACUGUGCUGCCACCUCCAUUGCAGUCCCAGCAGCAGCAACUCCACCAGCAGCAGCAGCAGCAGCAACUCCAGCAGCAGCAGAGGAGCCUCUACUAUGCCAGCGAGCAUUAUCCUGGAGGCAACGGAGGCAGCUCUGCUGGCGGCAAUCCGGGCUACUAUUGAAAGCAACAGCAGCAGCAGCAGCAUAUGUAGAUCACCACUAAGCAUGAGAUAAUAGAUUACCACCUUGAGUUGCGGAACAAGAUGCGGGAGCUAGGCAAACGACAUGUGUAGAAAUGAGUUAAGAGAUAAGAAAAAGGCUUUAACAACAAGAAGAAGAAUUAAAUUAAGAGAAGGCAAAUGAUAGGCAGGCAGUCGAGAGAUCAGCGAAUCAGCAGAGAUGAGGAGCAGAUGUGGGGAGGAGGCAAAGUGGAGAGCAGACGGCUAGCAGACUUGACAACAUCUAGAUAUUAGUUUUGUCCAAUGAGAAUUAUUUUUUAGACAAUUUCCAUUUCCAAAAAGUGCAAAUAAACGAAUGAGGAUGCAGGAGGAUGCAGACUUGUUUAAAACUGAAACCUAAACCUAAACCUAAACUAAAACGAUUGUAAAUUUGGCGCGUCCAAAAAGGACUUUUUAAAACGUGAUUCAAAACAUUUUGAAAGUAAUUUAAAGCAGAUCAUUUGUAAUUGUAUAUAAACAAAAAAAAUUUAUUCUAAAUCUAAGUAAAAAGAAUUCUGUUUAACCAACUGUUUGCCUCGCAUUCUGAGGUAUUACACACACACAACUCGAUCGAAAUCCGUGUUCUUUAUGUCGUCUUAGUGUACUCGUCUCUAUUCGUGUGGACGCGUGUGUCCUUGUCCUUGUUCUUUGUGUCAUCGGUCGAUGUUUCCUUCUGCUCCUCCCGAAGCUCCAGCCUCAGCACCCCGAGUCAGAAAGUUAUGAGAAUGGUAGUGAGAACAAUUUAGAUGCAUAUAUAUAUAUAUAUAUACAUUAAACUAAAGAUCACACCACAGACACACACAUAUAUAUAUACAAUACACUAUGAGUAUAAGGAGUAAACAAAAUAAUAAAAACACACUGUUGGGCUGUUCUUAGAAAAAAAAAACAAAAGAAAAUAAAACAAAACAAAAGAAGAGAAAACAAAAAACCUAAGCAAAAGAAAACAAGUAAACGAGAAACAAGUAAAUAUAUAUAAAUAUUACCUAUAGAACACUUUAAUCAUUAUUUAAACGACUUUUUGUAAAUUUCAUAAAAAACUGCGCAUAAUUUUAAUGAGCAUCAUUUAAUCAAUCUUAUCAAUACAUUUACUACUACUAUUAUUCGUUUUUUUUUUUUUAUUCCUAUUUUUAUAUGCAAGGCCUAAUUUAUGGAACAUGAUUGUGUUUUAUUCUCUUCUUAAGCAAGCGCUAUUGAAUUAUGUACGUUUAAUUGCUAAGCUAAAGAAAGUUUUAAUGUAAGUAAAUUUAAAGUAAGCCCAAUACAUAGAAAUAUAUAUGGGAUAUACAUACGCA